AUGAUGAGGUGCUCCAGGAGAUGCAUCAACUCCUGCACGAGGCCGCUGACCUCUACACUACUCCCUCACACGACACGUUCAGUCACAGUAGCACUAUCGGGCACCUUGAGGGUGGGAGCAUCCAUGAGUAUUUGGUGGACCUGAAGGACCUUCCCCCGCGCUCCUCGAACGAGGCGAGUGAGACAGUGAUCGAUAGCCCCCUGAUAGACCCACUACCUAAAGAAGAGGGGGGCAAAGUUACCUCUGACGAGGAAGAGGUUGUUCCAGCUGUGAGCCAGGGCGUGGUCGAAGCUACCAGCCCCUCACAGCAAUCUUUAUUUGACUUCGGUGAGUGCCCAGCCUGGCUAACAGAUCUGCUUGAGGGUGAUGAUGAGAAAACUGUGUCAAGUGAGGCAACGGAUGAGCUGCCCCUCCCUGAUCCUCAUGCGAUUGAGGAGCUAUUGGCCCUGAUGGACAAAGUCAAAAGUCCCGCCACUGACUCCCUCAUCGCUCCCGCCUGCGAAACAAAUCAUAUAUCGACUCUAGCAGGAGAGGUGGAUAACACGGCCGCUCACCCUAACAAUACAUACAAGUUCUCUAUCGCUGAUUGCAGCACAUUGGAAGAGCUACUUGCUCCUGCAGACGAGGUCAGCACCGUGGCAGAGCCUGUUGACAGCCAACAAGACUUUAAGGCUGAACCAGACGAGACCCCCCUUCCUGACCCAAGUACCAUGCGGGAGCUACUUGCUCUUGCAGACGAGGUCAGCACCGCGGCAGAGGGUAGUACAGUGCCUGUUGACAGCCAACAAGUCUCUGAUGCUGCACAAGAGGAGGCCCCACUUCCUUACCCCAGCACCAUGCAGGAGAUUUUGUCUCUUGUCGGGGAGGUGACGAGUGCUGUUGAGAGUGGUGAUUCCUCCAGCAACGCGAGUUGCGUUGAGUAUAUCGAGGAGGUCAUUGAAGAGGGUACUGUUCCUUCUUUCACCACGCCAACCGUCUAUCAAAGCCCCACGGUAACCGCUGAGGUGUGGUUCAGCCCUUACACUUGCACGUAUAUGAACAUGUCUGCUGAACUCGCCUCAGUCUUUUCCAGUUCUGUCGCCCCGUGGCCAUUGAGUAGCACUUCUGUGCCGGAGGUAACGUCACGCAAGCGCAGACGCAGUCAGAAAAUUAAUGAAGAGAAGACAAAGAGGAGAAGGACUGGGGACAAGUGGGGUGUGCCUCAGUAAAACGGAAUCUCCCUUCGGAGAACGGACAAGAGAGAAAUAUGGAUUUGUGAUUAGGAAUAGACAUUACAAAGUAGAGAUUACUCUAAUAACAUCCUUAAAAUCGAUUAUACCCAUGAGUCAUGGGUGGCAAUUAG